AAGUCAGUUACCAUUCAUCUUUGCAAUCCAAACAGUCAACAUGCGUUCCUUCGUAGUCCUUUGCCUUAUUGCCUUCGCCACGGCCGACAAGCUGGGCUACAACUACCAACCCGUGGCCCACUCUUCCUCAGGAUUAAGCUUCCAGCCAUCUGGAUCGUCGAGCAACGAUGCACCCGCUUUCGCGUCUGCACCAUCAUCCAUUGCUGACUCCCUCGAAGGAUCCCAAUCCGCUGCAGCCCCCAACUACGCUGCUCCUCAGGGCCAACUCGAGAAGGAGUUCUUCACCUACACCGCCGACGAGGGUGACUUCUACGAUCCAGCUGCCUCCGACCAGGCUGCCAACGCCGUGAACAAGGGCCUGCGCGUGGUCUUCAUCAAGGGACCCGAGAACCGCGGUCUGGAGGAUGCCGCUCUGGCUCUGGCCAAGCAGGCCGGACAGCAGGAGACCGCCAUAUAUGUCCUGAACAAGCAGGCUGACAUUGGGGAUCUGGCCAACAAGCUGAACGCCAUCCGCAACAACAACAACAACAAGCCAGAGGUGCACUUCGUCAAGUACAGGACUCCCGAGGAUGCUGCCAAUGCCCAGCGCGCCAUCCAGGGUCAGUACGACCAGCUGGGAGGUUCCAGUCAGGCCCAGAAUGGAGGUGUUGCCUCCACCCUGAACUUCGCCUCCCAGUCCGCUCCCCUCCAGAGCAGCACUGCCAGUGCUCCAGGACCAAGCUACCUGCCCGCCAACAUCUUCCGUCGCCUCCGUCGCUAAGUGACAUUUACCGAAUGUUGAGUUGUUGACUAGUUAUUAUGUUGCUUUAUUCCAUAAAUAAAACGAAAAUAUAAGUGAAAU